AUGCAAUUUCCAAGUGCCUGGGGAAGCCUUGCUGAGCUACAGCCAUCAGUGCAGAGGAGGGUGCUGAGCUCCAAGCAGAAGCACCGGCUCUGGCAGCGGCGGGAUCUGAGCGCUCCUCGGGCAGCCCGGUUCAUUCCCGCAACCGCGGCAGAGCCUCUCCCGGGCUCCGCCGUGUCCCCCGCGGCCGCUGCUCCCACAAGCACCGACCCGGCGCUCAGCACCAGCCGGCUGCCCUCCUCGGCACAGGAAGGCCGCAAGGCGCCGGCGCCGCGGGGACAGCGCAGCACAGCGACCCCGCGCCCCCGUGGGGCAGAGGCGAACCGCGCCCCGGCGGACGGUUCGGGCGGCCCCGCACGGUCACGCCCCCCUCAGGCGGUGUCGCCGCCGCCCCCGGGACGGCCCCGGCUCCCGCCCACAGGGGCAACCGGCGCGUUCCGGCCCGCCCCUUGCGGGACCGCAGCCUCUCCCGCUGCCGCCGCCGGGGGGAUCCCCGCCCCGCCGAGGCAGUCCCCGUCCCGUCUGGCGGCGGCCCCGCUACGCGCGGGAGGAGGGGGGGGACACACACAGUCACGCGACCCGCCCCUUUCGCAGCCCGCCCCGCGGGAGUCGCUCGUGGCAAAGUCACCGACCCCCGAAGCCCGCCGGGCUCCAUCAAACGCCGCGGCACCGCCCACCGACGUCAUGGAAACAAGCGCGUCAGCAGCCCGCCCGCCAGUGGCGGCCGCGGAGGGGCGGGGCGAGGUGUGGGGCCACGCCCCCGCAGGCGCCGUGCCUAUCGGCGCCCCCCCCCGCCACCUCUCCCAUUGA